AAACCUCGCAUUCACAGAUUCUUUCUUUCUCUCCUUAGUUGUCUCGCCCGCCUUUCCUCCUAGCACCCUGCACACAUCUUUGUCGCCAUGGCCGCGUCUAUCACUCUCGCAUCAGGAGCGUCUCUCCUCGCCGCUCCUCGCGUCCUCGUCCAGCCAGUCGUGAGGUCACGGGUCGGGCAACGCGUGGGUCCAGCGAGGGCUCUCUUCGGCGGCGGCAAGGACACAGAUCUGGCCGGCGAUGGCGCCAAAAACGCGGGGCCGUUCGGCAACAUGGCGAAUCUGUUCGAGACGGUGCGCAAGGCGCAGCAGGUCGUGCAGGUGGAGGCCGUCAAGGUGCAGAAGGAGCUCGCCGCGGCGGAGUUCGACGGCUAUUGCGAAGACGAGCUGGUCAAGGUGACUUUGACGGGCAACCAGGAGCCGUGCCGGUGUGAGAUCACUGAUGCCGCCAUGGAGCUCGGGGCAGAGAGGCUGGGCGAGCUGAUCACGGAGGCGUACAAGGACUCCCACCAGAAGAGCGUCACGGCCAUGAAGCUACGCAUGAAGGACCUUGCAUCCAGCCUAGGCAUGCCUCCCAACAUGUGAUUGUGAUAGUGAAUGCUUGAAUGGAGUUCGCUCCUCACACACUUGACUUGUUUAGUGCUGUUAGUCCAACCACAGAUUCACGUGCUCUUCACAAUGGAUGAAAUGUAAAUUAUCUCCACAAGCAAUGCAUGUCUCUUCC